UUUGUGAUCUCCUGUUGUCCAUUUCUAGGUAACAUCAUUGGAUCUGGUAUCUUUGUAUCCCCAAAGGGUGUGUUGGAAAACGCAGGCUCUGUAGGGCUGGCAUUAAUUGUGUGGAUUGUCACGGGCCUCAUCACAGCUGUGGGUGCCCUGUGCUAUGCAGAACUGGGGGUCACCAUCCCCAAAUCUGGAGGAGACUAUUCCUACGUCAAGGACAUCUUUGGAGGACUGGCUGGGUUCCUCAGGCUGUGGAUUGCUGUGCUGGUGAUCUAUCCCACAAAUCAGGCGGUGAUUGCGCUCACGUUUGCCAACUACGUCCUGCAGCCCAUCUUCCCCACCUGCCUUCCUCCAGAAACAGGGCUGCGACUCCUCGCGGGGGUCUGUCUUUUACUGCUGACGUGGGUGAAUUGUGCCAGCGUGCGCUGGGCUACACGUGUCCAGGACGUCUUCACCGCUGGGAAGCUGCUGGCCCUGGGCUUGAUCAUUGUCAUGGGAGUUGUGCAGAUCUGCAAAGGUGAGUACUUCUGGCUGGAGCCCAAACACGCCUUCGAGUUCUUCCAAACUCCAGACAUUGGACUGGUGGCGCUGGCCUUUUUACAGGGGUCGUUUGCCUACGGGGGCUGGAACUUCCUCAACUAUGUCACCGAAGAGUUGGUGGACCCUUACAAGAACUUGCCUCGAGCCAUUUUUAUCUCCAUUCCCCUGGUUACCUUUGUCUACGUCUUUGCCAAUGUGGCCUAUGUCACUGCCAUGUCACCCCAGGAGCUCCUGGCCUCCAAUGCUGUUGCAGUGACAUUUGGGGAGAAACUCUUAGGAGUCAUGGCUUGGAUCAUGCCCAUCUCUGUUGCCCUCUCCACCUUUGGGGGAGUCAACGGCUCCCUCUUCACUUCCUCCAGACUCUUUUUUGCUGGUGCCCGGGAAGGGCAUUUGCCCAGCGUCCUGGCAAUGAUUCACGUGCGAAGGUGCACUCCGAUACCUGCCCUCCUCUUCACUUGCCUUUCCACUUUGCUUAUGCUGGUCACCAGUGACAUAUAUACGCUGAUCAAUUAUGUAGGUUUCAUCAAUUACCUCUUCUACGGGGUGACAGUGGCUGGACAGGUUGUGCUUCGCUGGCGCGAACCUCAUCGACCUCGUCCAAUCAAGGUGAGCCUGUUCUUCCCCAUCAUCUACCUGCUCUUCUGGGCGUUUCUCUUGGUCUUCAGCUUGUGGUCGGAGCCGCUGGUUUGCGGCAUUGGCCUGGCCAUCAUGUUGACGGGGGUCCCCGUCUACUUCAUGGGGGUCCACUGGGAGAACAAGCCCCCUGCCUUCAACACGUUUAUUGAUGGCGUCACUCGGGUAGGGCAGAAGCUCUGCGUUGUCGUGUACCCCAAGAUGGACGCCGGGGAGCUCGAGAACGACCUCAGCAAAGAGACCAAAGAACAGCUGGAACCCAUGUGCGGAGCAGGAAACCUGGGCACGCCCCAGAAUUGAGCGGCCGGAGAAUAGAAGGAACAGCCAAACACGGACUGCGUUGGUCUCUAGCUGGCCAGAAAUGGAGAUGCAGGCUCCCGUUGGCCAGAGCUGGACCUGCUGGGGAUGACCCACAGUGCACACACUCCUUUCCCCAGCUUCUUGCAGGGUCUGGGGUCCUCACCCCCCACUCCCCACCUGCAGUGCCUCCCGCUGGGGCUGGGAAGGACGGGGCAACCCUUACUGCCAGAGCCCCAUCCCUGCCCCCUGCCCCACACCUUGGGGAAGGGCCUUUUGUUGCUGCCUUAUUUAGAGGGGAGUUGAACCUCAGCUGGAAUAGGUGGAUUCACUGCUCCAUGUUGACGCCCUCCUAUUUUCCACGUUUCUCCCUUUCUUUCCGGGUUUUUUUUUUUUUUUUGGAUGUAAUAAAUUAAACCCCAUUUGCCACCCG